UCUGCGACGGAACCGCGGCGUGCACACACAAAAGCUUCACAAUGUCGGCUACCAUGCCCUUGAACCCUAAGCCAUUCUUGAAUGGACUUACGGGUAAACCAGUGAUGGUGAAGCUAAAAUGGGGAAUGGAAUACAAGGGUUACUUAGUGUCAGUUGAUGGAUACAUGAAUCUACAGCUUUUCAGUACUGAAGAAUACAUUGAUGGAGUGAACAUGGGUAAUCUAGGAGAGGUUUUAAUCAGGUGUAAUAAUGUGUUAUACAUUCGAGGAGUAGAGGAGGAAGAUGAAGAAGGUGAAAUGAAGGACUGAUCGAAUAAUCACAUUUGUGAAAAAGACUUUUGAUAUGUUACAUCAUCAUUGACAUUGUUGAUCAAAAUGUGGCAAAGACUUUGGAGAUGGCAGAUAUGUUUGCUCAAAUCACACCAGAAUUGUAAAGUUAUAGAAUUUCAAAUUCUUUGCGUUGAUCAUUCACAAUUCUGGUGGAAAUAUGAGUUCGGGGAGCAGAUGUUGGUCACAACUCCAGCUCUGGGAUUUCUGGACCUUUUUUGAUAGAACUUCAAACAUCUGUUCUGAUAACUGGCCAUUGAUGCAAGUUAAUUUUGGUUAAGUUCUUGGGGGGUUAAGGGUGUAAUGAACAUUCCAGAUGUUUGCUGUUUCCCGAUUUCAAAUGACAGAACAACAGCGCUGUUAAGCGUGCUUUCCCAGCAUAGUUGGUGAAAUUCAAGUAAAUUCUCUCUAGAUAUUUCAACAAAUAUUAUCUUGCAAUUGAAAUUACAAGAUUUUGCCAACUGUGGUUCUCAUAUCAUAAUAGUGUGUUCACGAGCAGUAAAUGUCUUUUUAUAUGUACGAUAAUGAAAUACAAAAACCUCAAUUUUCA